GUUGUGUCCAGUGACUCCAGUCGCAGUUGCUCAAACAGAAGGAGCUGCUUGGUCGACGAUGGCUACGUUUUGCAUGGCGAUUUUGCGCACUGGCAGUAGGAAAAAAAACUAAAGUUGGAGCAGCCAACGUUUUCCUGCCCACGGAGCAUGUUAUCAAACCACGUUGACGUGAACGCAUGUAAUAUCUUCAAGGGAAUAGAGCCUGAUCAGUUGUGGAACGAUCGACAUGGAGGACAGGCAAAGUGAAUGUCAUGCGGACGAAAUUCCUAGAGGAGAAAGAGGAAGCGGCCACGAAAGCUUGCCACCUGUGUACGCUGACGAGGGAGAAGUCAAGUUGCAAGGCAUCAGCAUACCCGAACAUUAUUCUCAUGAUGACAUCUGGUACAAGAUGGACAAUCUGAACGCAGGAAAAAAGUGUGGAAUAUGUGCCAUCAUAAAAGUUAAGAGUCCUGACACGCAAGAACAAUCGGGAGCUGAAGCAGACGCCAAGACCAUAGAAAGUGUAUUUGGUGGCGUCAUUGGCUUUGACGUUAAAGUUUACCACGCUUCCACACCAGCAGACAUCCGCGAAAAGCUCAAGACGUGUAAAGACGAUAUUGAGAAGGAUUCAUCGAGAGCAUCAGAUUGCUUCGCCUGCUUUGUGCUGGGUCACGGCAAGGAAGAUAUCACGUUCCCUUUCGGCGGCGAACUGAUUGACCUGGAAUACAUCUACGAACAGUUCAGUAACAAAGUCUGCACGAAGCUUCUUGGGAAACCCAAAUUGUUCUUCUUACACACGUUACGUGGCUGGAAACAGGGAGGCGAACAUCACUUUGCUGACGGUCCGAGCAAGACUACAAGUGUGCCUUCACGUGCUGAUUUCUUUACAUUCGAGAGUACCUCCGCAGGUUAUCUUUCGUCUCCGGGUUCAGUUGGCGGUUCUUUAUUCGUCCAGGCGCUCUGUCAAGUCAUCAAAAGAGACUAUCUUACCAAGAAUUUCCAAGAAAUGAUGACACUGGUCAAGUGUUAUGUAGCACGGGAAAAGAAACCGGAUGAGACACUGUACAGACACUCCACGCUCACGAAGAAUAUUCGGUUUGCAGCUGAAGAUAUUGACGUAGACGACGAACCGACAUCCUCGCACCCAAGUACUGUUGUGAACAGACAACAGAUAGAUAUGCGGCCAGCAAGUCCACGCUUUGAAGACAACCCAGACGAUCCUGAUGCGGAUAUGAACAUGAAGAUAUUGUCUCCCACAGAGAUAGAAUGGCAACCGCAACGAAUACUACAAAUGUUCGAUGUUGGUAGUAUGGGAGGAGAAAACGAAAUUCGAAGUGGGAGCAUCGAGAUGGAAGGUUACACGUUCGAGCUAGGUCUUCGUGCCACAGAACACAAGGGAAAGCUUUAUGUGGUAGCUACGUUUUACAUGUGUCGCGGUCCCAGUGACGAUAAUGUGGAAUGGCCAUUCAACACGCCGUACAAGAUCACCCUAUGUCACCCAAAAGACGACAACAAGAACGUCUGGCAACUCUCCCUGUUCACCAAUCGUACCCGCUCUUCUUACGAGAGGCCAAUAUCUAACCGUAAUGUCGGUAUGGAUUUACCGCUCCUACCCGUUGAGGCCAUUCGACAACAUAAUUUUAUAAUCGACAAUGCCUUGCGCCUGGUAUUUCGGAUGUCUCCGCGAACUUCAUAAUGAUCUAUAAUAUAAUGCACUAGAGAGCGGCAUUAUGCUGAGUGCAGAGUAUAUGAUCAUGUUUUGUUCAUGAACCAAGUUAAAUCUGGCACGCAGUGACUGUCGGUGUGGCCGUGAUCUGAAUGUUUAUGUAAAAGAUAAGACUAGAAUAAAAAGCUGGAAUGUAAAAAGCUG